UAAUUAAUAAUAUAAGAAAAAAGAUUUAAUUGUAAAGUAAAAAAAAACAAGAAAUAUAAAAUGAGAAACACUAUUUUAGCAGUAGCAUUAAUAUCUUUGGCAUUAAUUGGAGCUACCACUCUUCUUUUUAGAAAGGAUGUCUCUGCUAGCUAGAUUACAGUUGCAGAUUGGAUGCAAUGCUAUAGCACUAGCACUCAUACUUGUGAUGACAUCUCAGACUAAGCUGAUGAUUACUAAUUCUGUAAAUAAUCAGAGAGAUAAUUUGAAGUUGAAACAAAUCCUAUUUAAUGUUCCUAAUUUUGGGGUUUUAUUAACCAUGCCAAGGGAUCUGAGUACAUUGAUCAAGAUAACUUAUUUUCAAAUUGCUUUUUGACUCAUGAAAAGGAAUUCUAAUCUCUCAGUUAUUUCUUCUAUUCUCAAGUAUUCUAUCCUCGUUAUCACACAUGCUCAGGACUAUGA